UAGGUUUGAUCGGACUGUCAGGGGAUAUUUGACUCAGUAAGUGCUAGAUUGACCCGUUUCUGCAUACACGACAGGCAAACAUGUUUUACGUAUACUCCAGCCUCCUUAUAGCCUGUUUCUGCUGCACUGUUCCCGCUUCGGCCAACACGGAAAGGCUGUGUGAUUAUGACGAUUACCUUCGGGUGGCGGAGUGUUAUAGUGACUGGGGGUACGACUUCACUGUGGUACCUCACCCUGGCGCCGUGAUCUGGAACAUGACCACCCUAGUGGAGUUUUGUAGGACCCCGAGCAGACGACAAGUGUCAGGUUGCUUGAAGGACGCCUUUUCCCGCUGUCAGUUCUCGGAGUGGGAAGAAGAGAACGAGGCCCUCCUCCGUCUCAGUGACAUGUCAGACGUCGCUCUUAAGUUCAUAUGCUCAAAAGCAGACGUGAUAGAGGAGAACAAAGCCUGUAUAGAAUCCGAUGACUACAGCGUAAACAAAUGUAUUCUAGACGCUAGCAAUGAAGCCGAAGGAAGGUUUAUGGAAUUGGCAUUGAGUGGGGAACAAAUGGCCUGGGCUGAAGUCAAGUCAAUCAAACAGAGGCAAGCCAUAACGCUCACAAAAUGUGUAAGGAAUGUACUGAAGAACUGUGAUCAAGAGGUAGCAAUGGUGUUUUCCAACUUUUUCUACGCCGGGUACACGGUCUAUGGCGACGAUUGAGCAAGAUGCUCUUGAGAUCAGUGUCUGAUGUUCCAAAUUCUGAAGCGUGAUCGUCAAAACUGUAUGGUUUAGAAAUGAUGAUUUUGUGACGGGACUAGGAAAGGAUAUGAUGUAUGUCCAUUCGUUCUUGAGAUUGUAAUUCGUGCGGUUAAGUCUUGGAUGAGAAAGGUUUAAAAGCAUUACUCUGAAUUUUACAAAGGAUCAAUCAAAUUUAAUCCUGAUCGAUUUAUAGUUAAAAGUCAUCGAUUAUCUAGAUUAUAAAUAGUAAAAAUCUAUGAAGUAUAUUUACAAGUAGAUGUUCAGAUGUUAUUCAUGUAGUCUUGCCUUGAAUGUACGUGAAUUAAACGAUAAAGGCAUGUUCCAGGCGAAUAAAUAUAUUUACUUUUUUAUUCGAUUGGCUUUUUACGCCAUACUCAAGAAUAUUAUACUUAUACGACAGUGGUCAGCAUUAUGGUGGGGUGAAACCAGGUAGAGCCUGGGGAAACCCAAUUUUAAAAAUAGAUAUCCAAAAACAACAACGGAAUUCUGACGGAACACUAACUUGAUAAACUCCAAAGUAUACACUUUCACUGUUGUUCAUUAAGGAAUCCAUCUGCAUACAUGUUUACACUUGCUUACUGCAGGCAUAUUGAACGUCACAUGAAAACUAGACAGGCCAACACAUUUUGAGGGACUCAUAAAAACGAGAUAUUAAAAAGUCACCUUCGUCCGUUUGACGCGCACUCUGCACAGGCCCAAGUACGUCAUGCCUUGUUUUCAUGUAACUGUUUAUUAGAUGUUAUGACAACACUGCACUCUGCGUGAUUCUACACCAGUGACGUCUAAUGAAUUUCAUUUAAUAUUUAGUGCAUUUUAACCUAAAUCUGCUUAUUCCGUGUAUAUGUGUUUGUCUUUUAACCAAGACUUGUGCACCCAGAUAACAAAAACGUCCCAUCGCUUCAUUGCCCACUUUCCCCAUCGCUCCGUAACCAGAGAAAACAGCGAUGGUCCAUCUGCGCCAUCACACUAAUUUCCUCAGAAUGAAA